UUUGUGAGUAAACAACAGAUCGGUCAGGCGUCAGGCGCUACGCGUAUAAACAACAAUCUUCAUACGCACCAUGCACCAAACCAAACUUAAUCCGGAGGAAACGUGCCGGAAAACGGUCAAAUUUCCAACUAUUUCGCAACCUAAAAUCGUGGGAUGCUUCAGUGUUGGUCCGGAUCGAGAAUACCUACCGACAGGGGAGAAUUUAAAAUAUUUGAACCUUCCAAAACCAGGCAAAAGGCUAGCUAUCGAUUUGAACGACGGUUUCGAAAUCCGUCGACCGAAACCGGACUCGGCCAAGCAGGAACGGAUCGACCAUCUGCUGCGGUUUAUUCUGAACAAUGAGGAUCGGUUGAGGAACCGCGAUGAGUCCGGUGGGAAAAGGAAACGAUUGAGCUGCGACUUCGUUUGCUUCCGGGGUUUACUGCGAAUGAUCAUGUGUACGCCAUAUGAGCGGCGAACUCCGUGGAUUGUGAUGGCAACCCGGUACCGUGGGACGAUCUACUUGUGUGCAAAGGAAACCGAGCAGAAGCUGGCUGAGGAAGCGAGCCAAACGGAACAGCAGCGACGAUUUUGCUACUAUGGGUUUAAAUUUGAGCAGCACAUUCUUACGGACGAACCAGAUCGUCCCGCGGACACAUCCUGCCCAGUCAACGAAAGCGAAGAAUUUUGUGCCUUGUUCAGUACCACCCUGGAUGGCAGUCGGGUUCUUUACGGAGCCGAAAUGGAUGGCAUAACACCAAUAAACCCGCCCCUAGACAAGCAAACUCUACCGCCAGAAGUCCUAAACCGUUUAGAAUUUGUAGAGGUCAAGGUGAAACGUCGUGAGACCAAUCAAAGACAGGCACAGAACUUCUAUCGCUUCAAAACCCGAAACUGGUGGUGCCAGAGCUUCCUGGUCAACGUUCAGCGACUGGUUGUGGGGCUGCGAAAUGAUCGCGGUGUGGUGGACGAAAUUCGGGAGAUGACUCUUUCGGAACUGGACCGAGACUCGCGGCAGUACUGGUCGGCUUCCGUUUGUAUGGAUUUUUGUGCCCAGUUUUUAGGUGAAGUUCGUAGAUUGAUGAACGGUGUGGAUUGUAGCGGGACUGUCUUCCGAUUUACAUAUGACGCCGAACGUAGCAAUUAUGUGGGAUACUCCAUCUUUAAGGGCACGAACGAUGAAUCCUUUCUACCUGAUUGGUACUGUGAAGCAGUUGAAUAAAAGUAAACAUUAUAAUUAAGAAUUAUUUUUCGAAGAACAUCGAAAAGAACACAUUCAUUUACAAUUACUUUAUUUUUUCAGUUCUUUACUUUCUUUCAGUUUUUGUGUUAGUAUCGUGUGUAAUAAAAAGGAGAAAUAUCCUAAUGUUUGUUUUCUGCAUGGGUCUGCACAACGAUAGGAUCAGCGAUCAGCGUUUGUAACGAAGAACAGUGUGGUUAAGCCUUUUGGUUAUGCAGUUUUCAUUGAUUUCCAUCCUUCUUAUGCGUUCUUUUCUAUAUGUUCACCAUAGUAAUUUAUUUAUACAGAAUCUUUGAAUCUUAAGGCGGACUACUUUUCUGACCGUCUUUUUUUCUCGCUCUCGGUUGGGUUAAAACAACGAUAUAGUUCAAUAUCCAAUCAAUUUUAUCUAUAUAGAUAGUUGCAUAAUCCAUAUUAUUCGUUAGAGGCUCGUUUCGGGCCGAAGAAAUGAAGAUGAAAUUUCCGAUUGCCAUUUUUGCUACUAUUAUAGCGCAUAUUCACUACACUUCCUGCUCUCACUUUUUACACACGAGUCCUAUAUUUCCGCGUACCAAGCGCGUCUAACACGACUCUUCUUCCAGUUGUCCGACUUUCCCUCCCCUCGAAUUGCAUAGAACUUAGAAGUUAGUUUUUUUUUAUCAUAAACUCGCUAUUUACGACUACUAUAACAAACAGUAUGAUCUGUUUAUCUUGAUUUUUCAUUGAUUUUGUUUUGUUUUUUUUUGUUUUCUCUAAA